AUGGGAAAGAAGUCAGCUCGCCCAUCGACCAAGGUCAGCUCGGCUGCCGCCGCGUCUUCUAGUCUGGCUCAAGCGGGCAGCAAGUCUUCCAUCCUGCGAGCUGCAUUCUCUCCAUCGGAAUACCAAUUGGCUCUGUUUGCGUCCGUCAUCCAAGGUCUUGAUGGCCAACACAUCCGAGUUCACGACACCAACACCGGACGUCUACAGUGUGAGCAUGUCUUGGCGCCGAAGGAAACAGUCACCUCGCUGGACUGGGGAUACUACAACAACUCGGGCAAGGGUCGCGAUCAGUCGAAGAAGAAGCGCAAGCGUGGCUCCGACGUCAACGGGGCCCCUGAUGGUUUGGACCAAGGUGACAUCGUGGUCGCAUUCGGCACUAACACAUCGGACAUCCGCAUGUACUCGCCCUCCGAAGACAAGGUUGUCGGAACCCUGAGCGGCGCGCAUGAGAAGGGAAUCAAGGAUUUCAAGUUCACGGCCGCUCGGCCCGCCGAAGAGGCUUGGAGUGUUGGUGGUGACAACAAGCUCAUCCAGUGGGACCUGCGCACCGGAAAGAGCAUCCAGAUCAUUCACCUCCCCGCAUCCUCCGUUUUCACUACGCUCUCUCGCCCUGUUCCUUCGAACACCCCUCUGAUUUGCGCCUCUCAGACACCGUUCUUAAUAGAUACCGAGAAGGCUGACGAGCCUGUGCAAUUCCCGGCCAUGCGCAACCCUAUCCACACUGUCAUUUCGUCCUCAACCGAAUCUGCUGGCGUGGGUGCAUUCCUCGCCUCUGAUGGUGAUCGUUUCAUCAACGUCUUCGAUGCCGCUACACAGAAACUCGUUCGCAACCUUGUCACCGAGCAGGAGGUUUCUACAGUCGCGUACAGUGGCACAAUCCUUGCCGCGAUUACUGAAGAUGGUACUAUCGAACUUUUCACCAAGCCAUUUGUUCAGCCCCAGGCUGCCCCAGGAGCUACUGCCAAGACCCUCCGCAAACAAAUGACCCAAAAGGCACACGCAGCCCUCAAAAUCACGCAUAAUGAGUUCUCCAACGCCUGCGUCCCAGUUGCGGCUGUCUCUUUCCAAGGCCCGAACAUUGUGGUCGCAUACACUGAAGGUGGUGUGGUUCCUGUCUUCGAGCGCGUCCCACUCCUUGAAGACAAGACCGACGAAAUCUCUUUCACUGGCACCAAGACUGUGGUGAAGACCAAGUCUAGCUCAGCACUUGCUGCUGCCACAACAAGCGGAGCUAAAUCCGCGGGAGAAACCCGUGUCAACGAGUCUCACAUGAAUGUGGAGCAGGGAAACUUGGCUGACGAUGAUGUGGAGAUGGAGGACUCAAAAGCUGUCUCUGACUCUGACAGCGAGGAGGAUUCCGACGACGAGGACAACAAGCAAAAGGCACCGUCUGCCGAAAAGAAAACCAAGCCCGCCAAGGCCGCGGUGAAUGCUGAUGUUGAAAUGCAAAAUGCUUCCGAAUCAGAGGAGGAAGAGGAGGAAGAGGGCGCUGAGCCCUCAUUUGGCGAGCUCAUGCGCGCCAACGCAGAAGUCGACGUAGAGGCUGAGCUUGACGAUGAUGUUCUGAUGGGUGCAUUGGUUCCUGGCAAGCCCCAGGCUGCUGUUCAACAAAUCCCCACUGGCGUUUCCCUCGCCACUGUCCUCACACAAUCCCUUAAGACCAACGACAGCGGUAUGCUCGAGUCAUGCUUCCACACCGGUGAUCUUUCAAUUAUCCGCACUACCAUUCAGCGUCUUGAUUCCUCCCUGGCCGCGACCCUGCUUCAGAAGCUCGCUGAGCGUCUCGCUUCCCGCCCUGCUCGCUACGGCCACCUCCUCGUUUGGGUGCAGUGGACCUGCGUUGCCCACGGCGGUGCCUUGGCCGGUCACCCCGAUCUUCUCAAGCGCAUGGCUUCUCUUUACAAGGUGAUGGACCAGCGCUCUUCCAGCUUGCCUUCCCUCCUGCUCCUCAAGGGCAAGCUCGACAUGCUCGACGCCCAGUUGAGCCUGCGCCAAUCCGUCCGUGGUGGUGACCAGGACAUGGACAGCGAAGACGAGGAGAAUGUUAUCUACGUCGAGGGCCAGGAUGACCUCGAGGAUAGUGAGACUGAGGCUAAGACACCCCGGAAGUCAAUACGCGACCAGGCGUACGAUGAGGAUGAGUCAAUGCUGAUUGGUGUUGGUGAGUCCGAGGACGAGGAUGACAGCGAUGACGAGGAUGCCGAUGAGGAGCCUAUUCUGGACAUCGAGGCCGCUGAAUCCGUUGGCUCUUCCGAUGCCGAGGAGUCACUGGAGGAGAAUGAAGAUGAUGAUGACGACGAGGCCGAAAGUGACGGCUCAAUGGUCGACUUCAUUGCUGACACGGAAGAUGAGUCUGACGAUGGUGCUCAACAGCAGCCCCCGCCAUCAAAGAAGAGCAAGACUGUCAAGAAGGGCAAGGGUGGACGGAAAUGA